AUGUCAUGCAAAUCGCUUACACCUAUAACCGAUGCCGAUUUCAAUGCGGCUAUCAGCGAUAAGAAGAAAAUUGUCCCAUUCCAAUUGUAUUCAACUUUCCAGGGUGAUCUAGCAUCGAUGUCGGAGAAAUUGCAACGCUUCAUUGUAGAGAAGGCACUUUUGAUGAAGCCGAAAGAUGUCUAUAUAGUUGACGGAAGUGAUGAGCACAAAGAAGAGAUUAAGAAGAAACUUAUCGAUGACAAACAAAUGUUCCCUUUGAAAGCGUACGAAAACAACUGGCUUGUUAGAACUGAUCCUAAGGAUGUGGCUCGUGUAGAGAGUAAAACGUGGAUCAUAACUCCAGACAAGUAUCAAACAGUCUGUCAUACUCCAGCUGGUGUUGAUCCAAUCAUGGGACAUUGGAUGGAUCCGAAACAAUUCGAAACCGAACUCGACUCAAGAUUUCCGGGAUGUAUGAAUGGUAAGACCGCGGAACAGUUGAGAUCAAUUGUCCAGUCUCAAAGAUACACAUGA